AUGGAUCAGCCCGCCAUGUCGAAAGCGCCGUCUACGAUGUCGACAACCACAACCCCCAUCAGAUCUUUGUCGUCUGAGACGACGAAAGUCGCCGAAUCCUACUGGCUGCGGAGGCAGAUGUCACGACAUGCUGAGCAGUCAGAUAGUGAAGAGAACACCAGCAGCAGUGACCAAACGGCCCUCCAACCGCCACGAGUGUCACCAAAGUCCCGCUCUUUGUCGGAUGCAGCGAAACAUACCCUCUUACAACCAUCACCUCUUCGGGACUUUCCACCGUCAACGAAAGACGACAUCGCCCUGACUAACCCCCCCACAACCCCGCAAAGGACUCCAGCUCGUCAGCCAUCAGCGCAUGGUCUCACUCUCCAACUCCCCCGAGCAGCGGCUUCUACUCCAGGACAAUCAGCCGCGACAACUCGCGCUCCUCUUUCCCCCAAACUUGAUGCGGCGCAGAUAUACGGAUCACCUGCAUCAGCCAUACCACGUCGCUCACGCGGCUUGGACUUUUCUCGCGCUUGCACAAAUCUCCACCACUCUACUCUCGCCGAAUCAUCACCAGAAUCCUCCCCCAGCAUUGGCAGCCGUGGAAUCAAUAUCCCGCAGCGACGAGGUGGCCCACCUACAUUUGGGUCACCUGGUGUAGGCAUGGGGCCACAAUCCAGCAGCAUCCCAGGCGAUCGAACCGGAUUGUCCAGCUCAGUUUCGAGCGUCAACAUGAUGGAGUCAGACACCAGCAGUAGUGAAGACGAUGAUGACGAGUCGAUGAACCCGGAUCGCGACGACAUGAUGAUCACAGCCACACCACAAGCGAGUAAAAUGAUAGGCAGCCUGGCCAAUCCUUUCGGCGCCCCAGUCCCUAGUCCAGGCAAUGACUGGAUGGGUGGCUACUCUCCAGCUGCCGCCAGUCUGGUCAGUUUUCAACGGGCACGGUUUCGCAAAUCCCGUAAUAGUCGUCAUAGUUCGAGCAGCGCCAGUGGGAAUAGCUCAAAACCUAGUCCAGCCCCCUUGUCACCGCCCGUUUUAAAAAGCAUCGAGGCCUCUAGUGGGGGAUAUUUUGCUCGUGAAAUGACCAAGGGAGCAGUGCAAUCACGACGAGAAAGCUUGAGCUUGGGAACCAGGGAUCUGCACCUUUCAGACAUGAGCGACGAUGGGGACAGCAGAGCAAUUAGGGGCGAUAGCCCAGCAGGCGGAGUCGACGCUGGCCCACGAGGAGUGAUUCGUCGAGCCGUCACUCGUCGUGGAAACUUGCUGCCCAAACCCAAGACCUUUUCCCGCGUUCGAGCCGCUUUAAUAGAGGAAAGUGCUCCUCUAGACAGCGAAGCCAAACGAGAAGCAGAAGUUAUCCGGCAGGUCCGCGAGAGUGAUUCUACUACAGAAGCGACAAGUCCUACUUUCCCUCUGGAUAAAUUAGAGGAGCUCACAUCGACUGCAUCUGUGUCGGAAGAGAAUCCGGUCUCAAAUCCCGAAAGCAGCUUUUCCAAUCAAGCCUCACUGAAUUCUGGUGGCGCCAAGUUCUGGGAAACAUUCGACGGACGCUAUCGAACUCCGCCUCCUCCAGGUCGUAUGUCAACGCAAUCUUCAGGUAUGAACGAAGACACUGCAAUGGAAACUCCGCAGUCAACGAUUGGAAGAGACACUGGCCGACGGUCUCCAGGGCCUCACACUGGCAAUCCGCCCCUAGCAAGCGAAUUCCACCGCAAACGCCGACGUGACGAUGAUCUGGACCCAGAGUCAUUCAAACGACGGGCAGUGUCUCCUGGCAUGAGCGUACAGAGCAGCCCCAUCUUGACACAUUCGCCGAUCGUCAAAGAUGCCAAUGCGUGGAUUGUACCUCCCAAGUCUCUUACACCACUUUUCCCUGAACAAAACCUCAACAACACAAACGGUGGUGUCAAGCCCAUGAGUUCAACGGUUGACAUUGCGUCGUCGUUCAUCGAGGGAGCUCCCCCAGGAGAGUUAUCUGAAGUCGUGAACGACAUCAAAGCCCUCACCGCUGACGGCCCGGACAUCAUCCCAUCGCUCGAGCCUGCUUUCAAGAAAUACAACGAAACACAACUAACCACGGUGAAGCUGCCUGGAAGCAGCCAAGAGGUGCUGGUUAGUGAGUUCAACCAGCUGGACGGAGACCGAUACUACGACAUUGAGAGCUCAACAUCGUUUGAAUUUGACCACGUUACUCAGACAGCUUCCGACGCCCAGUCAUACUCUUUUGAUUCUCAAAAUGCCGAUCUCGUGAAAUCGCUCCUCAAAUCUGUUUCUGCUCACGCUAAGGAACAUUAUCCCACCUCGUCCUACGGAGUGUACCCGAUUGAAGAUGACUCUGCCGUUGCCAUCGUGCUGGUCGCCAACAGAUACUCUCCCAACAACUACUGGAAUGGCCGCUACCGCUCAAUCUACCAAGUCCCCGUUUCCUCCUCCUCGGCCACAAUCACCGGCAACAUCCACGUCGACGUGCACUACUACGAAGACGGCAACGUGGCGCUGAGCAACAGCAAACCAGUGUCCAUCUCCGUGCCUUCUGUUUCUGCCGAUUCGAUUAUUUCCAAAAUCGCCGCCGCCGAGCGCGAUCACCAGGAGGAGCUUAACCGAGGCUUUAGCAGACUGGCCGAAGGCGCUUUCAAGAGCUUGCGACGACAGCUGCCCAUUACUCGACAAAAGGUUGAGUGGGAGAAGGUCGGAGGGUACAGAUUGGGUCAGGAUAUUUCUGGGGGUAGACGAUAG